GUUUGGCGUUCCGGCUCCGGCUCUCCCUCUCCGAUCCGUUACUUGACGCAUCACUCCUCCCCUGCCCCAGGCUUUCCAUUCCCACACCACACCGCACCAAUCACCGCCGCUGCACCGCGCGGGUGCCUGAUCCUCCCCCGCAUUUCAACUCGCCCCUCCCGCUCCGCGCCGCGCAGCCGCAGCCGCAUGGACCUCCCCGUGGUGGAUCUCGCGCCGUUCCUCGGGACCGCCGCCGGCGGCGGGGCCGCGGAGGUGGGGGAGGAGGUGCGCGCCCUGUGCGCGACGGUGAGCGCCAGCCUGCGGGACACGGGGGCGCUGCUGGUGAAGGACCCGCGCUGCUCCGCCGCCGACAACGACCGCUUCCUCGACGUCGUCGAGCGCUACUUCUCCCGAUCCGCCGAGGCCAAGCGCCUCCAGGAACGGCCCCACCUCCACUACCAGGUUGGCGUGACACCAGAAGGGGUGGAGGUUCCUCGCAGCUUGGUCGACAAGGACAUGCAGGAGAAGAUCAGGAGUAUGCCCGAGGAGUUUCAGCCAACCACCCCUAAAGGCCCAGACCCGAAAUGGCGGUACAUGUGGAGAGUUGGUCCUCGGCCCGCAAAUACCCGCUUUAAGGAGCUGAACUCUGAACCUGUUAUCCCUGAUGGAUUGCCUGAGUGGAAAGAGACCAUGGAUUCCUGGGGUUCCAAGAUGAUUUCUGCAAUUGAGGUUGUUGCUGAGAUGGCUGCAAUUGGAUUUGGCUUGCCAAAGGAUGCAUUUACUUCUUUGAUGAAGGAGGGACCGCACCUUCUAGCCCCAACUGGAAGUGACCUGCAGCGUCAUGGUUCUGAGGGCACUGUUUUCGCUGGGUUCCAUUAUGAUCUUAAUUUCUUGACUAUACAUGGCCGAAGUAGAUUUCCAGGCCUGAACAUCUGGUUAAGGAACGGUAAAAAGAUGGAGGUGAAAGUCCCUGUUGGCUGCCUCCUCAUUCAAUCGGGGAAACAGCUGGAAUGGCUUACUGGUGGUGAGUGUUUGGCUGGAAUGCACGAGGUGGUGGUGACAAAGAGAACAUUAGAGGCCAUAGCAUUAGCGAAGGAGCAAAAUAGAAGCUUGUGGCGGGUUUCGUCAACAUUGUUCGCGCACAUUGCUUCAGAUGCAAUUCUAAAGCCACUGGGUCACUUCGCUGAAACACCCAAUGCUGAUUCAUAUCCCCCAAUAUGUGCCGGGGAUUAUGUUGAACAGGAGCUUUCAGUGAUUAACCUGAAAGGAAAGGAUGGAUUGUAGACUAUGCAGUGGAUAAACCUGGAUAUCAUGACUGACAGAUAUCAUAAUGCAAAACUAAAUUAUCCAAACUGGCAUUUGUCUUCAUUUCCAAAUGAUUCUAUACUGAGGGUGCUACUCUUCUUCCAAACACACCCUUUUAUGUCAAUAUAAACUAUGCUUGUUCUUCCCUUUGUUAAGAUGUUGGAUACACUAUUGUGUACCGCACUGAUGUUACUUGUGGAAAUUGAAGGAAAAAAAUGCUUAGCUUGCAAA